UCUCUCUCUCUCUCUCUCUCUCUCUCUCUCUCUCUCUCUCUCUCUCUCUCUCUCUCUCUCUCUCUCUCUCUCUCUCUCUCUCUCUCUCUAACUUUCCCCUUUGAGUCUCUUUGUCUCCAACUAGGGUUUCCUCUCUAAAUACAACAAAAAAUCCCUAUAAUUGAAAAUCUUCUUGAGGAUUUUUCAUCUCCCCUUCUUGUAGUUAAGAUACAAAAUAGAGAGACAAAGAAGAUCAGACCAUUCUGAGUAGAUAUCAAGGGGCACUUUCUCUUGUUCCUCCAUUAAAAGGGGAUAUACAACCGGAAAUGUCAUCAUCGUAUUCGAACUACACAAACUCACCGUGCGCGGCAUGCAAAUUCCUCCGGCGAAGAUGCACAUCAGACUGCGUGUUCGCGCCAUAUUUUCCACCGGAGGAACCUACAAAGUUUGCGAACGUCCACCGGAUAUUCGGGGCAAGCAACGUCAGCAAGAUCCUCCACGAGGUGGCCCCGCAUCAACGGGAAGACGCGGUGAACUCGCUGGCUUACGAGGCCGAGGCACGGCUAAAAGAUCCAGUGUAUGGCUGCGUUGGGGCCAUCUCGGUGCUCCAAAGACAGGUCUUGAAGCUACAAAGGGAACUAGAGGAGACAAAUGCAGAUCUCAUGAGGUACGCUAGUUGUCUUGGCGGUGAAACGACGUCGGCUUAUGGAGGACGGAGAGGUUGACUGGUCAACGGGAGCUGAUUAGUCGUCAUCCCUCUUUGAGAGAAUUAGCGGCGGAGAAGUAUGAAGAGAGAGAGUGAGUGUGAAUGGUUGAUGUGGUGGAAGUGAUGAGGAUAUCUUCGUAUGUUUGUUUUAUGUAUAUACGUAUGCGUAUAUGUAAUUUUAAUUGUAUUUUUUUCUGUCACAUGGGAGCUCAAAGGAUAUUUUGAAUAUGUUGAAUAAGGAAAUAAGUGAUUGAUGUAGUGUAUGUGGUUGUGUUAGGUGAUUAAUUAUAACUUUCAAGUGAGGACACUAUAAGAGUCCCGGAGGGUAGUAUAAAACAUGGA